AUGACGGGUCUAGAGACAUUAGCCGCUGUUAGCAGCAUAUUCCAAGUAAUCAGUUUCGGCCGGGAGACGAUAAGUCUGUGCAAGAAGAUUUAUCGCACUGGAAGCGGUGUCGACUCAGAGCUGGCAGAGAAUGCCGCCUUCCUCGGCCACCUCUCAUCCCAGAUUUAUCAGCUAGAGGAUACCACGAAAGCGACGAGCCGAACCAAAGAUGACCAGUCACUCGACGACAUCCUGAAGAAAUGUCAGACCUCCUCUCGAGACUUGCAGGAGGAAGUUGGCUUCAUCACCGGCCACGCCAAAAACGGCAGCCUGGCCUCAACCCUUAAAGUAGCAGCCAAGACCACCUGGAGGAAGCGGAGACUUGACAGAGUGGAGAGACAACUGGGCGAUAUCCAGAGACUUGUGGAGGCAGGGCUGCUUGUGCGAAUAUGCAGCAACCGCGUUGAUCUCGGCCAACAGCAGUUGGAUGCCUUGGACGCAGAUCUUCGGUCAUUUCUGCUGAAAUACCAGGCAGGCGAGCGGACCGUGACGGGUCUCAUUUCAACAGAGUCGUUAAGAACCAGACAUCACAUCUCAUCCGAAGUCUCCAGACUUGAGGGAAGCCUGAAUCUCCACACAGCCGAAACCCGGAAUUCUGCAAAAGACGUCAAGAAGCAUGUCAGUCAAACAGCUAGCGCGACUAUGGAAACUUUUACUGAGGUUCUACACAAUCUCCACUUGGAUGACAAACGACAGGAGAACCGCGAACGUUUUCUGAAGAGCUUGAAAUUCCCGGGAAUGAACGAAAGGCGCCAGCAGAUUCCUGAAUCGUUUCCGCGGACGUUCCGGUGGGUCUUUGGGGAUGAAGCCUUGGGAGAUGGUGCCCUCGGGGAAGACGUGAAGAUUGAUGACGACUGGGAGAGCGGCACCGACUGGGGGAGUGAUGUUUCUGUGUAUAGUGAUAUCGACGAAGAAAGUGAUGACAGUGGCGGUAAGAGCUCAAGCGGGUCUGCGUUCAAGCUUUGCACAGUUUCGGAAAACCGCUCUGCGUUUUUAUAG